AUGGCGCCGUCUCUCCUCCGCCUUGCUCCGCGAUCCACGCCCACCUCUUCCAACCACCCUGCCCGAUCCCACGCGCCUUCUCGCGCAGCGCGUGGCGGAAGUUCCACGUCAGCGUCGCGCGCGUGGCUGCGGCGCUCCAUCCCCGCGUCGUGCGUCGCGCUGCUCCUCCUGCUGCUGACGGCGUCGUUGCUGCGCGCUCUAAUUCGCCCACAGUCGCCGGAAGGGGGCGCUGGGAGCGGCGAGGGGGAGCGGGCGCUGAGGGUGUAUGUGGUGCUGCUGCCGGCGCCGUACAACGUCGACCUCAUCCCGCUCGCGCAGGUGACUCGCGCCCCGCGUGGCCCUCUCUCGCUCAUCGUGAGCCUCUUCCCUGGCUCUAGCGUCUAUACCCUGGCCCUCUCCCCCUUCGCCGGCAGCAGUGGCCGCACCGCCCUCUCACCGCACCUGCUGCCGUUCCUCGGCAUACCAGACCUGCCGGACCUGCCUGUACCGCUCUCACCAUCGCCGCCAGUAGCAGCAUCUUCUGAGGCGGCAGCGGUGGAGCGAGCAGUGCUGGCAGGGGCAGGAGGGCCGGUGGGCGUGAGUGUGCCGUGCUACCCGCACUACCCCUACUACCGCCAGCAUGCGGCCGAGUACUUCCUCACACUCUCCCUCCUCUCCGGUAACCCCCCUCUCCUUCCUCCACUGCACUUACACUUACCCUCACUUUCUCUGCUUGCCUCUCACCUUGCUCUUUCUCAACCCGCCACGGCACCACCUUGCCCCUCACUCUCUUUCUCCCCUCCGUGCUGCUCUGCUCUCCACCGUGUCUCUUCCCCACAUCCGUGGUGCAUGCCUGAGGCCGCCAGGCACAGGGGCACCUGGCCUGCAUUCUCCCCUCUCUUUUUGCUCUAUUCCCCCACUCCCCUUCCCCCUCGCAUCCCCCCCCGCCACGGCAGUGACAUCCUGGACCCCAUCAUCGCGCGCUUUGCCCUCUGCCACGCUGCCACACCCGCCACACCUGCCACCAGCGCCGCCACCACCACCCACGGCAGUGGGGGCGGCAGCAGCAGCACCGGCAGCGGCAGCAGCGGAAGUGGCAGCAGAGCUAGCAGCAGUGGGAGUGGGGGUGGGCGCAUGCCCCCCCUGGUGGUGCCGUGCGUGUACCCGCUGGCCAUGUUCAACCACUCGCUGCCCCUCGCUGCUGCCAUCAAGCUCGCUGUUGACCUCGACCUGCACUGGGCUCAGGCAGCAUCGUACGACCGCGAUGUGAUAGUGCCGUACGUGCCGCUGGUGGCGCCCUUCUCUCACGACCGUGGCUCCUGGGCCUCGCGCCCCCUGCUGCUCUUCUUCCAAGGCACCACCGACCGCUGGGGGGGCGGCAUCAUUCGGCAGCAAUUGCAGCGGGAGCUGCAGGGGCAGCCCGGGGUGCAAUUCACGGUGGGGCGGGCGGAGAACAGCAGCAUGACGGCUCAGGCCGCCACCGCCAUGCGCCGCGCUAAAUACUGUCUGGUGCCGCGAGGUGACACCUCGUCCAGCUGUCGCCUGUUUGACGCCGUGCUCUCCGGGUGCAUCCCAGUGAUCAUCAGCGACGCCCUCGACCCACCCUUUGAGGACGUCAUUGAUUACACCGCCUUCUCGCUGCUCCUCCCUGCCGCCCUCGCUGUGCGCCCGGGGUACAUUCUAGGCGUGCUGCACGCGCAGACAGAGGCCGUGUGGCGCCAGCAGUGGGAAGCCAUGAGGAAGGACCCUCACCACCUCCUCUUCUCCCUGCCUCCAGGGGGUAAGCGGUGCGGUGUGGCGGCUUUAGAGACGACUCAAAACAUGGUGCGGUGUGGUGGCGUGGCGCAGGGGAAGAGGGAAGAGGAGCAGGUGGCGCAUCACUUCAUCUACUACUUCCUCCCACGACCCGGCAAGGCAGAAGAUAUGGUGUGGCGGGGCACGAGAGAAGAGGAGCAGGACGCAUGGCAUGAGUGCACCCCAGCUACCCUAUCCGCCAACGUACCUCCCACCCCACCCCACAUCCCUCCCCCACAGGUGGCGCAUCACUUCAUCUACUCCUUCCCACCACGACCCGGAGGAGCAGAGGACAUGGUGUGGCGGACCGUGGCACGGCGCGUGAGGGGGCGGUUCUCUCCGCACUACCGCAACAGGCGGGGCCGCAUUCUUCUGGCGCAGCUGGCACAGGCAGGGCUCAACGCGUCUCACCUCGAACAGCCCUUACCCAACCGGCCCCCUGUAACCUUCGAUGUAACACUUGACAAUGAAACCUAA